AUGACGAAAUAUCCUGAAGUUGCUGCAUUCGAUCUAGAUUAUACAGUCUGGCCAUGUUAUUGUGAUACGCACAUUACACCACCUUUUAAACCGGUCAAGAGCCCUAAUGGUGAAGUCCACACAUUGAUCGACAGUCGAGGCUACGAGAUCUCUUUUUACAAGGAUGUUCCAAGAAUAAUCAGUGACUUAAAAGAGCAUGGUGCCAAGGUUAUUUCUGCGUCAAGAACAUGGGCUCCUGAGAUUGCCAAGGAAAUGCUUCAGGACUUCAAGAUAAAAUAUCAAGGAGAGAUCAUCCCAAUGAUUCAAUUAUUCGACGAUUUGGAAUGGGGAGAAAGAAGUAAGAUCGGGCAUUUGAAGGAUGGUUUAAAAAAACUCUAUGGUCAUGAUGAUUUAAAGAAACAUAAGAUGUGUCUGUUUGACGAUGAAAGUAGAAAUAAAGAAGUUGAACGUCAUGGUGUCAAAUUUGUUUAUGUCAGUGACCCAGAGAAGGGCGUGACGUGGAAGCUUUAUCAAAGUUAUUUGAGUAAUUCUGCAUAA